CCUCCUCCUCUCGGGAUUUUCCUCCCCGCCUCCCUCUCUCUCUCUCUCUCUCUUUCUUUCCUCCUUUUCACCUCCUGGAACAAAAGUAGCCCUUCUCUCCGCGCUCGGCCCGACCCGCUUUGUGCAGCGGGGACUCGGGGGGCUGCGGACGAUGGGGGGGUCGGGGGCUGCCGCAAUCCUGGCUUUGGGUUUGGCGCUGGGAUUGGCGCUGGGAGGGUGGGCGAAUUGCCCCGAACGGGAGCUGCAACGCCGGGAGGAGGAGGCCAACGUGGUGCUUACCGGAACGGUGGAGGAAAUCAUGAACGUGGACCCCGUGCACCACACCUACUCGUGCAAGGUGAGAGUGUGGCGUUACCUGAAAGGCAAAGACAUCGUCACCCACGAGAUCCUCCUGGAUGGUGGGAACAAAGUGGUCAUCGGUGGCUUCGGGGACCCCUUAAUCUGUGACAACCAAGUGUCAACCGGGGACACACGGAUUUUCUUUGUCAACCCUGCCCCACAGUACAUGUGGCCAGCCCACCGCAACGAGCUGAUGCUCAACUCCAGCCUGAUGCGGAUCACGCUGCGCAACCUGGAGGAGGUGGAGCACUGCGUGGAAGAACAUAGGAAGCUUCUUGCUGAUAAGCCCAAUAGUUAUUUUACCCAGACUCCACCGACCCCUCGAGAUGCCUGCCGAGGGAUGCUGUGUGGGUUUGGGGCAGUGUGCGAGCGCAGCCCCACCGACCCCUCCCAAGCCUCCUGUGUCUGCAAGAAGACAGCUUGCCCUGUGGUGGUGGCUCCUGUCUGUGGCUCCGACUAUUCCACCUACAGCAAUGAGUGUGAGCUGGAGAAAGCCCAGUGCAACCAGCAGCGGCGGAUCAAGGUCAUCAGCAAGGGACCAUGCGGCUCCAAGGACCCCUGUGCAGAGGUGACGUGCAGCUUUGGCAGCACAUGCGUCCGUUCUGCAGACGGCCAGACGGCCAGGUGUGUGUGCCCUGCAUCCUGCAGCGGCGUGGCUGAGAGCAUCGUCUGCGGCAGCGACGGCAAGGACUACCGCAGUGAGUGUGACCUCAACAAGCAUGCCUGUGACAAGCAGGAGAACGUCUUCAAGAAGUUUGAUGGAGCCUGUGACCCUUGUAAGGGCAUCCUCAACGACAUGAACCGCGUGUGCCGGGUGAAUCCCCGCACCCGCCGGGUGGAGCUGCUCUCCCGUCCCGAGAACUGUCCCUCAAAACGGGAGCCGGUGUGCGGUGAUGACGGGGUGACGUACGCCAGCGAGUGUGUGAUGGGGCGCACGGGGGCCAUCCGGGGGCUGGAGAUCCAGAAGGUUCGCUCUGGGCAGUGCCAGCACCAGGACAAAUGUAAAGAUGAAUGCAAGUUCAAUGCUGUCUGCCUGAACCGCCGUGGCACGGCGCGUUGCUCCUGCGACCGCAUCACUUGUGAUGGCACCUACCGGCCUGUCUGCGCCCGCGACAGCCGCACCUACAGCAACGACUGCGAGCGGCAGAAAGCCGAGUGCCACCAGAAAACUGCCAUCCCAGUGAAGCACAGCGGACCCUGUGACCUGGGUACUCCCAGCCCCUGCCUGAGCGUGGAAUGUACUUUUGGGGCCACCUGCGUGGUGAAGAACCGGGAGCCCGUGUGCGAGUGCCAGCAGGUGUGCCAGGGCCGCUAUGACCCCGUCUGCGGCACCGACAACCGCACCUAUGGCAACCCCUGCGAGCUCAACGCCAUGGCCUGCGUCCUCAAGAGGGAGAUCAGGGUGAAGCACAAGGGGCCCUGCGACCGUUGUGGCAAGUGUCAGUUUGGGGCCAUCUGUGAAGCAGAGACGGGGCGGUGCGUGUGCCCCACGGAGUGUGUGCCCUCCUCCCAGCCCGUCUGUGGCACAGAUGGCAACACCUACAGCAGCGAGUGUGAGCUCCACGUCCGAGCGUGCACGCAGCAGAAGAACAUUUUGGUGGCUGCCCAAGGCGACUGCAAGUCCUGUGGCAGCACGGUGUGCUCCUUCGGCAGCACGUGUGUGGCUGGGCAGUGCGUGUGUCCCCGCUGUGAGCAGCAGCCCCUGGCCCACGUUUGUGGCAGCGAUGGCCUCACCUAUGACAACCGCUGCGAGCUCCGAGCAGCCUCCUGCCAGCAGCAGAAGAGCAUCGAGGUGGCCAAGAUGGGGCCGUGUGAGGACGAAUGUGGCUCGGGAGGCUCAGGCUCUGGUGAUGGCAGUGAGUGUGAGCAGGACCGGUGCCGGCACUACGGGGGCUGGUGGGAUGAGGAUGCAGAGGACGACCGCUGUGUGUGUGACUUCACCUGCCUGGCAGUGCCGCGCAGCCCGGUCUGUGGCUCUGAUGAUGUGACCUACGCCAAUGAGUGUGAGCUGAAGAAGACGCGGUGUGAAAAACGCCAGGACCUCUUUGUCACCAGCCAAGGAGCCUGCCGUGCCCUCACCACGACCCCACCGCCUCUCCCAGUUGUGCACUGCAGUCAGACCAUCUAUGGGUGCUGCCCGGACAACAUGACCCUGGCACUUGGAGUGGGUGCAGCCGGGUGCCCAAGCACCUGCCAGUGCAACCCCUAUGGCUCCUAUGGAGGAGCCUGCGACCCUGCCACGGGGCAGUGCUCCUGCAAGCCAGGUGUUGGGGGGCUCAAGUGUGACCGCUGUGAGCCUGGCUUCUGGAACUUCCGUGGCAUCGUCACCGACAGCAAGAGUGGCUGCACACCCUGUAACUGCGACCCGGUGGGCUCAGUGCGUGAUGACUGUGAGCAGAUGACUGGGCUCUGCUCCUGCAAGACUGGUAUCACUGGCAUGAAGUGCAACCAGUGUCCCAACGGCAGCAAGAUGGGCAUGGCUGGCUGUGAAAAAGAUCCAUCAGCUCCAAAAUCCUGUGAGGAAAUGAGCUGCGAGUUCGGGGCCUCAUGCGUGGAGGUCAACGGCUUUGCCCACUGCGAGUGCCCGUCCCCACUCUGCUCAGAGGCCAACAUGACCAAGGUGUGUGGCUCUGAUGGUGUCACCUAUGGGGACCAGUGCCAGCUGAAGACCAUUGCGUGCCGGCAGGGACAGCUCAUCACAGUGAAGCAUGUGGGGCAGUGCCAUGAGUCCAUCACUCACAUGAGCCACACGAUGCCACCCACCCCUCUGCCCACCUUGCCCUUGGACAAGCUCAUCAUACCCCCACCACUGCAGCUGACCACCCGGGCUACAGAAAUCACCGAGCUGGCUACUAGCUCCCUGCUGAUGGAAGCCAGCCCCACUGCAAGAAGUCACCCUACAACAAGGCGUGUCACGACAACCCGACCUGCCACCACACCAUGGAUGACCCAUGGAGUACUGAAGACCACCGUCCGCCCUCUCUCCACCUCUCCAGUGGUCCUGGCCACCACUCAGCCUGCCUUCGCUGAAUCAGGCAGUGCAGAAGGCAGUGGGGACCAGGAGAUGAGCAUCAGUGGGGACCAGGAAUCCAGUGGGGCAGGCUCUGCUGGGGAAGAAGAGGUGGAGGAAAGCCAGGUAACCCCAACGCCAGCCAUUGAGAGGGCAACGUGCUACAACACCCCACUCGGGUGCUGCUCUGAUGGCAAGACUGCAGCUGCUGAUGCAGAAGGGAGCAACUGUCCGGCUACCAAAGUCUUCCAAGGAGUCCUCAUCUUGGAGGAGGUGGAAGGCCAGGAGUUGUUUUACACACCUGAGAUGGCUGACCCCAAGUCAGAGCUCUUCGGGGAGACGGCCAGGAGCAUCGAGAGCGCACUGGAUGAGCUUUUCCGAAAUUCUGACGUUAAGAAAGAUUUCAAGAGCAUCCGUGUCCGAGACCUGGGGCAGAGCAGUGCUGUCCGUGUCAUUGUGGAGUCCCACUUUGACCCAGCCACUUCCUACACGGCCGCUGAUGUCCAGGCGGCUCUGCUGAAGCAGAUCAGAGCCUCCAAGAAAAGGACCAUCCAGGUGAAGAAGCCCCAAGAGGAGCACGUCAAAUUCGUGGACUUUGACUGGAUCCCCAGGCUCUUCACCACCACCGUCACCACCACCACAGCCACCACCAUGGCACCUGCCACCACACGGAGGCACACCACAGCCUCUGCUGCCACCACAGCCCACGUCCUGCACCAGGACAUCACGGGCCACCCCAGUGCCAAGCUGGCAGCACCCGUGAGCACCAGGAGGCCAACAUCUACCCUGCCUACCACUGCCCGGCGCAAGCCCACUCGCCAACCCCCCAGCACCACCAAGAAGCCCUCACGACCCUGCGACUCACACCCCUGCCUGCACGGUGGCACCUGUGAGGACGAUGGGAAAGAGUUCACCUGCAGCUGCCCAGCGGGCAAAGGAGGAGCUGUGUGUGAGAAACCCAUCAGGUACUUCAUCCCCAGCUUCGGUGGCAAGUCCUACCUGGCCUUCAAGAUGAUGAAGGCGUACCACACCGUGCGCAUCGCCAUGGAAUUCAGGGCCACGGAGCUCAGCGGGCUGCUGCUCUACAACGGGCAGAAUCAUGGCAAGGACUUCAUCUCCCUGGCGCUGGUGGGCGGCUUCGUGGAGCUCAGGUUUAACACGGGCUCUGGCACGGGCGUCAUCACCAGCAAGGUGCGCGUGGAGCCUGGCAAAUGGCACCAGCUGGUGGUGAACCGCAACCGCCGCAGUGGCAUGCUGGCUGUGGAUGGGGAGCCCCACGUCAGCGGGGAGAGCCCCACGGGCACUGAUGGGCUCAACCUCGACACCGACCUCUUUGUUGGAGGAGCUCCCGAGGACCAAAUGGCUGUAGUGGCAGAGCGUACUGCAGCUACGGUUGGCCUGAAGGGCUGCAUCCGCCUCCUGGAUGUGAACAACCAGAUGUACGACCUGCGGGAGAAAGGCAGCGAUGUGCUGUACGGCAGUGGGGUGGGCGAGUGCGGCAACGACCCCUGCCACCCCAAUCCCUGCCACCAUGGGGGCAUCUGCCACGUCAAGGAGGCAGAGAUGUUCCACUGCGAGUGUCUCCACUCCUACACCGGUCCAACGUGUGCUGAUGAGAGGAACCCAUGCGACCCAACGCCGUGCCACAUCUCUGCCACCUGCCUGGUGCUGCCAGAGGGAGGUGCCAUGUGUGCCUGUCCCAUGGGGCGGGAAGGAGAGUUCUGUGAGCGAGUGACGGAGCAAGACCACACCAUGCCCUUCCUCCCAGAGUUCAAUGGCUUUUCCUACCUGGAGCUGAACGGGCUGCAGACCUUCGUUCCUGACCUGCAGGACAAAAUGUCCAUGGAAGUGGUGUUCCUGGCCAAGAGUCCCAGCGGCAUGAUCUUCUACAAUGGGCAGAAGACAGAUGGCAAAGGAGACUUUGUGUCUCUGGCUUUGCACGAUGGCUAUCUGGAGUAUCGAUACGACUUGGGCAAAGGGGCAGCUGUGCUCAGGAGCAAAGAGCCAGUUCCCCUCAACACCUGGAUAAGCGUUUUGUUGGAGAGGAGUGGGCGCAAAGGGGUAAUGAGGAUCAACAAUGGCGAGAGGGUGAUGGGAGAGUCACCGGUGCCUCAUGCCUUCCUGAACCUGAAGGAGCCAUUCUACGUGGGGGGAGCCCCCGAUUUCAGCAAGCUGGCUCGAGCUGCAGCCAUCUCCACCAGCUUCUAUGGAGCUGUGCAGAGGAUCUCCAUCAAAGGGAUUCCCUUGCUGAAGGAGCAGCACAUCCGCAGUGCUGUUGAAAUCUCCCCCUUCCGCGCCCACCCCUGCACCCAAAAGCCCAACCCAUGCCAGAAUGGAGGCACCUGCAGCCCCCGGAUGGAGAGCUACGAGUGUGUCUGCCAGAGAGGCUUCUCUGGGGCUCACUGCGAGAAAGUGAUCAUUGAGAAGGCAGCUGGAGAUGCAGAGGCCAUUGCAUUUGAUGGUAGGACGUACAUGGAGUACCACAACGCCGUGACAAAGAGCGAGAAGGCUUUGCAAUCCAACCACUUUGAGCUGAGCAUCAAAACAGAAGCCACCCAGGGCCUGAUCCUGUGGAGUGGGAAGGGGCUGGAGCGAUCCGACUACAUCGCCCUCGCCAUCGUGGAUGGCUUCGUCCAGAUGAUGUAUGACCUGGGCUCCAAGCCAGUCGUCCUGCGGUCCACAGUCCCCAUCAACACCAACCACUGGACCCACAUCAAAGCAUACAGAGUACAGAGAGAAGGCUCCCUCCAGGUCGGCAAUGAAGCUCCCAUCACUGGCUCCUCGCCGCUGGGUGCCACACAGCUGGACACGGACGGGGCCCUGUGGCUGGGGGGAAUGGAGCGGCUCAGUGUGGCUCACAAGCUGCCCAAAGCCUACAGCACUGGCUUUAUUGGCUGUAUAAGGGACGUGAUUGUCGACCGCCAAGAACUGCAUCUGGUGGAGGACGCUUUAAACAACCCCACGAUAUUACACUGCUCAGCCAAAUAGACCCCCAGGGACCCUUCCUUCUCCUUCCCUUCCUCCUGCCUAUUGCUUAUAUCCAGGUCAGUCAGACUCUAAUCGAGCAGCAGCAACAAAGAACAAACCUUGAACCAAGUCUCCAAGAAGUGACAGAAGAACUUCCCCAUUGCACCCGUGUUGUAAAUCUCACUCAUACUUGAAGCUUCUUUUGGGGUUUGUUUAUUUUCCCCUCCUUACUUGUGUUCUUGGGUUGCCAUUCACACCAUGGGGGGAUAAAGGAUGCUGGUGCUGGCAAGCCCUGUGGCCUUUGUGGGUUCACCACUCGCCUAUCUCAGGCCCCUGUGUUCACCCCAUCUCCCUCCUCCCCCCUCCCUCUCACUAUAAUUUAUGUGUGUAAAGAUCUCAAGUGCUUUUCUCCUUUGUGCUCUGUUAAAUCAGGGAUGCCAUGCACUGGAAGAGAGACCAAGGUCUGCUCUGAGCAGGCAGAAAAGCAUUGCUCUUUGGUUGUCUUAUGCCUGUUUGCUGGACUGAGAGGGGCUGGGGGGAGGGGGAGGGAGUGUCUGUUUCUCUGUUGGCUCUCCUCCUCCUCCUCCUCUUGGACACAUGCAGAAGCAGCUGUGAAACCUCAUUUCCAUGCUUUGUGUUGACCCAGACUUGUCCUCACCACCUGCUUGUCCUGGCUGCUCUUCCGAGAGCUUCUGUGCCCCAAACCGUGCACCACUGACAACUUGCAACACAUCCUCAGGAGCUGGGGGUCCCCUCCUUCCAGCACUGGCUACAGAGGGCAUGGGAUUGGGUCCUCUUCUGCUUUAAAGAAACCUCUUGGACCUGUCCUGCCUUGACCCACAUCUAUUUUCCAACCUCCUGGCACGACUUGCCCUCUGCCUACCGUGAGGAUGGUUGCAGAGCAUCUCUGUAAGCUGGUGUUAGAACCCAUGCCAUGGCAAAUGCUCACCGUUUUACCUUUGUCUUCAAGCUUUUGCAACACCCGGUGCAACGCAGCGGCUUCCAUGCCACGAUCAAAGCUCCUCCAGUGCCAUCAGCAAUGGCUCCAGCAGGAUGGGAUGGGAUGGCAGCCAAGUUGGCCGGAUGGGAGAGCUGGGGAAGGGUUUUUUUUUUUUUCAAGUGUUGUCUUUACUGUCUUUGAAGUGUUGUCUUCCUCCAUUCGAGUCCUGAAAGCAAAGUGCCAGCUGCACAGCCACUGUGUGCAUGUGUGUGUGUGUGUGUGUGAGAUGUGUGCAAACACUGGGUCUCCCCGAAGCAAAAACAAAGGGAUUGCAGCUCUGAGCACCGUGACUCAGGUUCCUUCUCCAUGGGAAGAGCUCCCUGCUGCCACGUGGCAUCUGUCACCACUGGGCCACCACGGUGUCCCCAUCCCACCCUGUGAAGGCAGCUGGCAGUGCUUUGUGGCCAACUGCCUUAUGGAGCAUGCAGAAUGGGUUGGAAGGGUCCAGCUGGCUGUCAGGUGCUCCCUGAUAUCCCAGGGGCUGUCGCUUUGUGGUUUUGCACCGAUUCCUAUCUCACCUUCUGGUGUGCCCUUCCCUUCCAAAAUGCUUUCAGCCAUGAGAAGUCAAAGGGCUUUUCUGAGGACGAGCCCUGAAUGCAGACCUAAUGAAUGGGGAGAGCACCGUGGCAAACCACUCGGGCUGCUUUUUGCUUUUUGCUUCUUGCCCAAGCCAAGAAGAAUCCCAUUGCCUCCCCUCACCCAUGCAAGUCAAUGCUUGAUCUAUUGUCAUGCCCCUAAAAACCCAAUGGUUACAUAUUUCAGGGAAGACUGUGAGAUGUGGAGGCUCCAGUGUUUGUGUGCGUGGCAAUAGCACGUGUUGAGUGGCUGCUGUAUAUAAUGUGUGGGUCCUGAGGGUGAUGACUGCAUUGGGGCUUCCAGCUGGAUGACACGGCCACCCCACUGAGACCAACAGGGAGCGUGCCAGCUCCAGUGGGUAAGGGCACCAUGGAGGAAGCUGCUCAAUUUCCAGAAUGCCACUGAAAUGAAGCCAGGGUCACUGCAAAAAAAAAAAAA